AUUCUAUAUCCCCUCCUCACUCGCAACUUGGAACCUUCCAUUUCUCUCUCUCUCUCUCUCUUUCUUUCUCCCCCAUGUGCAGACCCAUCCUCGCUUUCUCAUUGCUCUUUCCGGAGAUCUGAUCUCAAACCACAAAAAGCUAGGCGGCGUAAGUUCUUUUUCUUCUUUCUUUGUGAUUUUUUAUACGCUCCCUAUUCUUCGUUUCAAUUAUUCUGUGGACAAAGUCGCUUUCUUGCUUUUAAAAAUAAGGUUCCUCUCUCGUCUCUGGGAUUUACGCGUCUCGGUCUGUUCUCAGCUGAUCAGUAUUUCUGCACUGUUCACUUGAAAAGAUAUAAUUUUUCAGAUAUAUAUUGGGAGUUUUUCUCUGGGUUUUUGUUAUUUUUUCCCGUUCCACUCAUUUUACAAGUCUUUCUUUACAUUUCUAGGGUUGAAUUUGGUGAAGGAACUUUCUAUCUGUGUGUUUGUAUGUAAGGGUGGGUUAUCGUGCUCCUUGUAAAAGCUGUUGAAGUUGUAUCUUGGGCGCUGCUUGAAUACCCACUCUUUUCAUAGUUACGGGUAGCAGAAACGGAGUUCUUAGUUGUUUGAAUUAGUCUUUGAGUGUUUUGAUAUUUAUUGGGCAUUAGGGUUUGUCAAGCUAUUUUGCUCAGGUGUUGGAAUUUUAGGUUUGGGUUUAGGGUGUUGAAGAAGUUUGGAGAAUUUAGUGUAUGGAUAAGGAUAAAUCUUCAGGCCAUGGAGGAGGGGGUUUGUUGCCUCCCUCAGGGAGAUCUUCGGUAAAGUCAGAGCCAUCUGGAUCUUUCAGUUUGCCCCCUUUAGGGCCAUCAUCAGCGGGUGCUUCUGAAUCAGGAGGCCAUUUUGGUAUUGGGAGGCCAUCAGAUUCUACCCAGUUUAGUUAUGAUAUUAGCUGUAUGCCUGAUAACCCGAGGAAGCAUAUGGGCCACCGACGAGCACAUUCAGAGAUUCUUACACUUCCUGAUGACAUCAGUUUCGAUAGUGAUCUCGGUGUUGUUGGUGGAUUUGAUGGACCAUCUUUGUCGGACGAGACUGAGGAGGACCUAUUCUCGAUGUUCCUUGACAUGGAUAAGAUUAAUGCAUCGUCUGCAACUUCUGCAUUCCAAGCGGGCGAGUCAUCUUCCUCGGGAGCUAUGGCCCAAACUCCAGCAUCUGGAUCAUUGAUGCCAACAUUUGAGAAUGUUAGUCCUGCUGCUAGCGAGAGGCCAAGAGUUAGACAUCAGCAUAGCCAGUCUAUGGAUGGUUCGACAACUAUCAAGGCAGAAAUGCUCACAUCGGGUUCCGAAGAGCAAUCUCCUGCUGAAUUGAAAAAAGCCAUGUCUGCUGCCAAGCUUGCUGAGCUUGCCCUUAUUGACCCAAAGCGUGCAAAAAGGAUUUGGGCGAACAGGCAAUCCGCUGCUAGAUCAAAGGAAAGGAAAAUGAGAUAUAUAGCUGAGCUUGAAAGAAAGGUCCAGACUCUUCAAACAGAAGCUACUUCAUUGUCUGCUCAGUUGACCUUGUUGCAGAGAGAUACCAAUGGCUUGACUGCGGAAAACAGUGAACUUAAAGUGCGCUUGCAAACGAUGGAACAACAAGUGAACUUGCAAGAUGCCUUAAAUGAUGCUCUGAGAGAGGAGAUACAGCAUCUGAAAGUGUUAACUGGGCAAGGCAUGGCAAACGGUGGAGCUAUGAUGAACUUUCCUCCCUCGUCUGGAGCGAAUCAUCAACAAUUUUAUCGCAACAAUCAAGCCAUGCACACAUUGUUAACGACACAACAGUUCCAGCAGCUCCAAAUAAAUUCGCAAAAGCAACUUCACUCAUAUCAACUGCACCAAUUGCAACAACUGCAGCAUCAUCAGUCUCAGGAACAACAUUUGCACCAAUCCGGGGACAUGAAGCUGAGGAAUUCAUUAUCGGUGAGUGGUCAAAGCGAGAAUCCUUCAGAUGGCAGUAGUGCUUGAAGCUUCAUUGUAGCCUCUAAGAUUGGUCUAUCUCCAGAAACUUAGGAUCCCAUUGAAUUUUAGGUGAUUAAAUUGUUAAAUUCUUAUUCAUUUCACCUUUUGUUGUGUACUUAAAUACUCAACCUUCAGUUCUUAUGGUAAGUCCUGUUGUAUUUAUAUAUUCACCAACCCUCUCUCUCUCUCUCUCA